AUGACAUACAAUAAAUUGGUUGUUGAUAUUGAAGGCACUGUGUGUCUGAUUUCAUUUGUCAAGGAUACUCUUUUCCCAUAUUUUCUUGAACAAAUUCCUUUAAAACUCAGGGAACUCACAUAUCCAAUCAAUUCUAAUGAUGAACAUUCUAGUCCAAUAACCUCAGUUGUCGCUGGUUUCCCACUGGAUAAGACCACAUCUUAUGAAACAUUGCUUGAACACAUCACUCUGUUGGUGCGACAAGAUAUCAAAGACCCAACUUUAAAAUCUUUGCAAGGUUUGGUAUGGCAAUUGGGUUAUGACAAUGGAGAUCUCGUGGCUCCAGUCUAUCAAGAUGCCAUUGAUUUCAUUCAAAGAUUCAACCGGGUCAAGGAGAACAAGGUUUAUGUAUAUUCUUCGGGCUCCAUCAAAGCUCAAAAGUUACUCUUUGGGCACGUUGGAGGACCUGAGGGAUCUUUCGAUUUGAAUCCAGAAUUUGAAGGAUACUUUGAUAUCACCACAUCAGGAUUCAAACAAGAAACUAGUUCUUAUGAAAAUAUUUUGAAAGAUAUUGGAGAACUGACUCCAUCAAAUGUUCUCUUUUUGAGUGACAACGUUAAGGAAGUACAAGCAGCGGUUUCUGCAGGAAUGCAAAGUUACAUAGUUGUUAGACCUGGGAACUAUCCAUUAACACAAGAAGAUAAGUCACUUGGGUUCAAAAUUAUUGACAAUUUUGAAGAUUUAUAG